AUGCUCGUCUACAUUCAGCACACUGCGAUAUUGGGCCUUGCAUGGGCCUUGUUCGCAGUAUCCCUACUUGCAGCCUACAUCUGGGGCAACGAUAGGCGACUUGUUACCAUUCCGGAAUCAGUCCAAGCUCUUGGACUAGAAGCGGUUACGCCGGAGGACGUCAAAGCCGAGGUUUUGAAGGUGCAGGGAGAGGCCUCUAAUGGAAAGAGAGACGAAGAAAAGGGAGAAUCGUACGAGAGGGAGCUGGAGGAACAAUUGCCGCCCAGAACUGGGAGGAGGUAUAUCGUGGUUGGAGGGGGUGGCUUCCUUGGAGGGUGGAUUGUCCUUCACCUGCUGAAACGAGGCGAAGACCCGAUGAGCAUCCGGAUUGUUGAUUUAGCGCCCACGCCCGUCAACCCACUGGUGCGGGAGCAGGUCGGAGAAGGGCGAGGUGUGGAGUAUGUGCGUGCAGAUGUGACGGAUGAAAGGGCAAUCGAGGAGGCAUUCAGUGCCCCUUGGAGUGAUGAGGAAGCUCGCAACUCAGUUCAGUCUGGAGCUCACGAGGGAGAGAAACCGACACGCCCAGGCCUUACGAUUUUCCAUGCAGCAGCGUCUGUCCGAUUCUUCGAGCGCCACCCUGCUUUCCUGCCAAGGUCGACGUCCGUGAAUGUGGAUGGGACCCUGAAUGUGUUGCGAGCUGCGACAAGCUCUCGUGUUAAUGCGGAUGUUCUUGUAUACACAAGUUCAGCGGCAGUUGGGUGUAGGAGUCACAGAGCGUUGGGGUGGCCUUGGGAAGGGCCACCAGAAAGGCUGUAUCAAGUGAUUAACGAGGGAGAUGGCGGUUGGGAGGACGAUAAAAACGUCGAGGAGCAAAAGAAGAGGGAGGAUUAUUGCUCCACAUAUCAUCAGUCCAAGGCGAUUGCGGAGACACUUGUGAGGAGUUGGGAUGGGAGAACGGUAAAUUUACCCGACGGGCGCACAAUGAUCCUACGAACAGGCUGCAUUCGGCCAGGGAACGCAAUUUAUGGACCUUACGGGGCAUGCUGGAUGGACGACUGUCUCGAGCGCGGAUCGACACCUGCCUGGCAAGCGCACGUUGUCAGCUCAUUUGUCUAUGUGGAGAAUGCGUCGCUUGCACACCUAUUGUAUGAGCAACGGCUUUUGGAUGCCGCUACCGUCAACAGGAAAGGGGAAUGGCGGGAAGAGAAGGAGGGCUUGGGUUGUCCUGUUGGACGGGCUCUACCUGAUAUCGGUGGCCAAACAUUCUGUGUGACGGAUCCUGGCCCGCCUGUGUCAUUUCGGGAUAUACACACUAUCAUGGGCAUCUUCACAAACGGAACGGUGCGCUUCACGCAUAUAUCUAUCACCUUCAUGGUCCUUCUCUCGCACCUGUUUGAAGCUUAUUCCCUUCUUCAACACUAUGUCGGGAGAGUUUUCCCUUUGCUCGGAAAGCACUUACCGAUGCUUUCCGGCCAUUUGCAAUUCAUCCAACCCGCCAUGUUUAAUGGGAAUACGUGCCAUUUUGUUGUGGAUGAUCGGAAGGCAAGGAGGAGUCCUGGCGAGGGUGGUUUGGGGUACAAGGGAGUGUGGACGACGAAGGGGGGUGUUGUGAAGACAUUGGUGGAGUAUUACUCAGGAGUCAGCACGGGGUUAGAACGGGACGGACAAAGUACAAUUUCUAGGUCGAGGGUCUUACGAUUGUGA